CUUCACGCAGGGGCUAGGAGGGGGAUUACCAGGAGCAGGCAGCUUAUUUGUAACUUCUCAGUUCUUAUCUGGUAAGCACAGCCCUUCAGCUCUCUUCAGCAGGGACAGCCCAGCUGAGCCUGCCACGGACCCAGGCAGUCACCGUCGAGGGGAGACAGCCCCGCUGAGCCUGCCGCAGACCCUCACAGCACGUGGACAGGAUGGGGAACUGCUACACUCUGGAUAACACCACCCACACGAGCAUCAGCUCAUCUGAUCUGAGGAACCUGAGCCUGUUACUACUGAAUGCCUCUGAAUAUUAUGACGAUGACUACAACGCAUGGGACUACGAGAACUAUACUGAUUUCUCCUCACCCUGCUACAGCUACUUCUGCCCGUUCCUCAGCAGAGCUGGCCCCCCGUUCCUCGCCACCGCCUCUGCCCUGGCCCUGCUGAGCAACCUGGCUGCAGGGGUGGCCCUGGCCAUGUACCCUCGGGUGUGGGGCGACCCCCCACGCAGGGCCCUCGCAUGCCAGCUGACACUCAGCACUGCCAUCUUUGCAGCCCUGCUGCCCUUCUUCACCGUGGGCAUCAGCCAGGGCUGGGUCUUUGGCAUCAAUUUCUGCCAGUUGGCAUACAUGCUGUGGCACAGCAGCCUCUUUGCCCAAGGGCAUCUGGUGGCCAGCAGCACAGCCAGUACCCUGUGGGACAAGCAGGGCCCCUGGAGCAGUGGAGUAGCCACAGCACUCUGGCUGGUCGCCCUCCUCCUGGCCACACCAGCCGCCAUGCUCAGCAAUGUGCUGGGGGACACGCAUAUGUCCUGUGUCCUUCGAACCAACAGUCUGUCACCGCUGUACGUGGCCCAUGUCACCAUCUGCUUGGCCAUCUUCAUCCUGCUCCCGGUCAUGCUGGGCCUGGCCAAGGUGGCCCUGAAGUGGUGCUGGAGCAGCUGGGCACCAAGGGUCAGCCUGGCCUGGGUGUUCUUCCUCCUCUGGACCCCCUACACCAUGGCCCUGCUCCUGGACUUCCUCCAGAACAGGCAGCUGCUGGCGCCCACCUGCGCCUUCCGGGAGGGCCUGAACUUCUUCCUGGGAGUGUCCCAGGGCCUGGGGGUGCUGCACUGCUGCCUGGGGCCCCUGCUGCUGCUGGGGGCAGGGCUCUGCCAGCGGGUGUGACACCGCCAUGUGCCACUGGUGCACAUGAGCAGGCUGGGGGGGUCUGUCCUGGGCCAGAGGAGCUGGGGCAGCAACCACCCCUGGGGACUGGGCCCUCUCACUAGGCUGUGCAGCCUGCCCUGGGAAGGGCCAGGGCCCCUGCAGCCCUGCCCCAGGCUCUGACUUAAGGGUUGCUUCUGCCUCCAGCCCAUCCCAGUCCCAUUGCUCUCCAUGGAGGUUAGGCUCAGCUCCAGCCAGCUCCUAUCACAGCCCUUGUGCAUGAUGGCAAGGGAUGCCCUUCUUCCCCCUAAAUUGUUGCUGCUGCGACCAUCCCCAGCUCCUUGCCCUGGUCGUCCCUUUCCCCCUGCUCUGCAGCCGGCUGCACUAUGUACUAUCGCUCUCCCAGCCUGCACAGCUGAGUUGCACUGACCAGUAGCUCCUGCCUGGUCCCCAGCCCUCGACCAUUGCCCUGCCAAGAGCCAGACCUUCCCAGAGGCACCUUCACACCCCUGCCCCCUUCAGCUAUGCAGCAGGGGCUGAGCAGCUUUUGUACAGCUCUGGCAAAGCCGCUGCAAUCUCUGCCUUUCAGCCUCUCCUUCCCCGCAGCUACUCCAUGCUCCCUGCAGGCCUGGGAUGCCAGCCUGGCCAUGGGCAGCUGUGAUUGCCCCUUGUCCUGUUCCUGGUCAUCUCUGUCACUCGGC